UCACUAGAGCCGCUGUUUCUCUCAUGCUGUUCAGGUCCUCGCAGCCGAUGAUGACGAUUCGCACGUCCGACGAUUCAAGCAGCCUCAAGGAGAAGGGGGACAUCCGUGGCUACGAUGAGAAAAUAGAAGACGUCUCCCAGACGGUCCGAGUUGCUGGUCAGAUCUCUGAGCUUGCAGUCGUGGCAGAAGAUGAAGAGCGGACGACGUGGUUUGUGUGGCUCCUUGUCUGCUGCAGUAGCAUCUCGGGUCUGCUCUUCGGCUAUGACACCGGGGUUAUAUCUGGUGCACUCGUCACGAUCGGCUCAGAUCUCGGGCCCGCCGAGCUCUCUUCAUUUCAAAAGGAACUCAUCACCUCCGCGACGACGCUCGGUGCCCUCAUCGGCGGCCUCAUCGCGGGCAUGCUCUCCGACUUUCUCGGCCGCAGACCCGUCCUCGCCGCCGCCGACAUCAUCUUCAUCGCCGGCGCGAUCGGCCAGGCCGUAUCCCACGCCGUGUGGCCCAUGAUCGGCGGCCGGUUCGUGAUUGGCUUCGCCGUCGGCGUCGCAUCGUGCAUCGCGCCGGUAUACAUACAAGAACUAUCGCCGACUCGCCUUCGAGGCCGCAUGGUCGCGCUGAACUCCGCCUUCAUCACUGGCGGCCAAGUCGUGGCGUAUGGAAUUGAUGCAGCCUUCCAGAAUGUCCAUGGUGGUUGGCGGUACAUGGUCGCUAUCGGUGCGAUACCCGCCGGGCUGCAGUUCAUCUCUCUGCUCUUUCUCCCCGAGUCGCCACGAAUACUCAUUCGCAGAGGUAACGUCGAAGCCGCGCACUGCGUGAUGUCGAAGAUCUAUGGCCUUGCGACUCCGGAGCAGGUGGAUCUCAAGGUCAAAGUGCUGGAGGUCGCAGUCAAGCAGUGCGUCGAGAUCACAAACUCGACGACUCUCUGGCAGCGAUUCAAGUCCAUCCUUUUCGUCGGUGUCAACCGCCGCGCACUCAUCAUUGGCUGUGGCCUGCAGGCGUUCCAGCAACUGGGCGGCUUCAACACUCUCAUGUACUACGGCGCCACGCUCUUCGAGGAAAUCGGCUUCAAUGACCCCAUCGCCGCCGGCUUAGUCAUCUCAGGCACCAACUUUAUCUUCACGCUCUUCGCGAUCAAGUACAUCGACAUCAUUGGCCGACGAAAAAUCAUGAUCUUCUCCAUGCCCGGCAUGGUCAUCGGGCUCGUCGUCGUGAGCAUCUCAUUUUACUAUAUGACAAAGACGACGGGCGGGUUCCUCGUCUCAGGGACGAAGUACUCGCACACAUGGUCGUCGCUCAUCCUGGCGUCCAUGAUCUUCUACGUGGCAUCGUACGCAAUAGGCAUGGGCAACGUCCCCUGGCAACAAGGCGAGCUCUUCGCCCUCGACGUCCGCGGCAUCGGCACCUCCCUCUCCACGGCCAUGAACUGGGGCACGAAUCUCCUCAUCAGCUCGACCUACCUCUCGCUCAUGGCCGCCAUCACUCCCGCAGGCGCCUUCGGCUUCUACGCGGGCCUCUGCCUGCUCGGAUGGAUCUUCUGCUUAACCUGCUACCCCGAGACGGCGGGGAUUAGUCUCGAGGAGGUGCAGAUCAUCUUCCAGAAUGGAUUCGGUGUCCGUGAUAGCGUGCGGCUCCGUGCGGAGAAGCGCGCAAUCGUGCGGGCGGAGAAAGAGAGGCAGAAGGCUUGAUGCGCGAGCGGUCGCUGGUAUGCCAGUAAACAUGUGCCGUGUCGUGUCCCCUUGAUUAUGACGAACAUGUAAACGACCAUGAUAUGUUCCUGUGAUGUCUGCGACGCACUGUUGUAUUUUGUAGGUUUUUCACUUUCACAG